CUCUGCCCUGGAGACCUUUGACCCUGAGAGCUCAGGCCAACCAAAGCCCCUCCAGGACCUGAGUCAGGACCCCACAGACCCCAGGUUUUAUAAACAUCAUCUCGUGUCAGAGUUAAAGACACUUUAUUCAGUUUGGAAUAAACUUGUAUAUCAGUCAGAAAGUCUUUGAAGUAAACACGGAUCUGACCUCUCCUCAGGGCCACGUGCCGGACGGUGUGCGGGAGGCUCGUGCAGCCCAGCAAGAUGUGCAGCGCGCGACAGGGCUGCGAGAGGAGGUCCAGGUACACCUCCACUCCGAGGCGGGCCGCCAUGAGGGAUCCUGUUAACGGGAGAGAAUCCGGUGAAUCCGUACACAACCGACCGCUGCUGCUCUUCUUCUCCUCUGCUCCGGUCUGAUCCGGGCCGACAGCGACACGCGGCGGCAGACCGGGGGACUGCAUCCAGAUCACAUGGACCUUUGUCUAUCCUCAGAGGGUCUCAGGGGGUCUCCGGGGGUCUCAGAGUCUCGGCGUCUCUCUGCGCUGCAACAUGUCCAACAGCCAGGCCAGGAACCGGGUCAGAGACCGGAGCAACGUCCUGAACCGGCCCGAGUUCCUGUCCCUGAACCAGACCCCCCGCAGGGAGCCGGUUGGCGGGGGGAGGAGAACCGGCAGAGCGGCGAGUCAGCAGGAGGACCGGGGUCCGAGGGCGGGCCCUUCAGACGGGGCUCCUGAUGGGGGGGGGAAGGAGGAGCGCUGGCCGGAGCAAGACUGCAUGCAGCUGAACCCGUCGCUACGAGGCAUUGCCAUCAACUCGCUGCUCGCCAUCGACAUCAGCCUGUCGAAGCGCCUGUCUGUGUGCGUGGGGACCCGAGGCCCUGGGGCCCCCCUGAGUUCCAUGGUGAGACUGCUGGCCCUCACUGGACACGUCCUGCCCUGGAUCUUCCUCACCCUGCUGAGCCUCUGGAGCAGCACCACAGCCGCCGGACAGGAAGUGCUGCUGAACCUGCUGUUGGCUCUGGUCCUGGACCUGAUGACGGUUGCCGGGUUACAGAAGUUGUUUAAACGCCGAGGACCCUGGGAUUUCCCCCCGGGGUUUAUGGACUACAUCGCCAUGGAUACGUAUUCUUUCCCAGCAGCCCAGGCCAGCCGAGCCAUCAUGGUGUCCAAGUUCCUGCUGACGCACCUGGUGCUGGCGGUGCCCCUCAGGAUCCUGCUCUACCUGUGGGCUCUGUUGGUGGGUAUGUCCCGGGUGCUGCUGGGUAAACACCACCUGUCGGACGUGGGUUGUGGCUUCGCUCUGGGCUUCCUGCACUUCAGCCUGGUGGAGUCGGUGUGGCUGGACGCCCCCACCUGUCAGACCCUGAUCUCCAUCGGCACGCUGCGCUGGACCGGACUCUGAACCGGACUGCACCGGGUCGGACUGGUCCCUGUCCGUUGUUAAUCUAACCCAGUUGAGAUGCUACCACUUCUGCAUCGACGUAGCUCGGCUGUAUCACGGACGUUUAGAACCAUGUUCACAAUGCUAUCAUCAGGUAGCUCAGUGUUAGCCUGUUAGCCCGCUCUACAGUCAGUGUUAGCCUCAGUGUUAGCCUGCUCUACAGUCAGUAUUAGCCUCAGUGUUAGCCCGCUCUCAGUCAGUGUUAGCCUGCUCUCAGUCAGUGUUAGCCUGCUCUAUAGUCAGUGUUAGCCUGCUCUCAGUCAGUGUUAGCCUGCUCUCAGUCAGUGUUAGCCUGCUCUACAGUCAGUGUUAGCCUGCUCUAUAGUCAGUAUUAGCCUCAGUGUUAGCCCGCUCUCAGUCAGUGUCAGCCUGCUCUAAAGUCAGUGUUAGCCUGCUCUACAGUCAGUUUCAGCCUGCUCAACUGUCAGUGUUAGCCUCAGUGUUAGCCCGCUCAACAGUCAGUGUUAGCCUGCUCUAAAGUCAGUGUUAGCCUGCUCUACAGUCAUUGUUAGCCUGCUCUACAGUCAGUGUUAUCCAGCUCUACAGUCAGUGUUAGCAUGCUCUACAGUCAGUGUUAUCCAGCUCUACAGUCAGUGUUAGCCUGCUCUACAGUCAGUGUUAGCCUCAGUGUCAGCCUGCUCUACAGUGAGUGUUAGCCUGCUCUACAGUCAGUGUUAUCCAGCUCUACAGUCAGUGUUAGCCUGCUCUACAGUGAGUGUUAGCCUACUCUAGAGUCAGUGUUAGCCCGCUCUACAGUCAGUGUCAGCCUGCUCUACACUCAGUGUUAGCCUCAGUGUUAGCCUGCUCUACAGUCAGUGUUAGCCUCAGUGUUAGCCCGCUCUACAGUCAGUGUUAGCCUGCUCUACAGUCAGUGUUAGCCUCAGUGUUAGCCUGCUCUACAGUCAGUGUUAGCCUCAGUGUUAGCCUGCUCUACAGUCAGUGUUAGCCUCAGUGUCAGCCUGCUCUACAGUCAGUGUUAGCCUCAGUGUUAGCCUGCUCUACAGUCAGUGUUAGCCUCAGUGUUAGCCCGCUCUACAGUCAGUGUUAGCCUCAGUGUCAGCCUGCUCUACAGUCAGUGUUAGCCUCAGUGUUAGCCUGCUCUACAGUCAGUGUUAGCCUGCUCUACAGUCAGUGUUAGCCUCAGUGUUAGCCUGCUCUACAGUGAGUGUUAGCCUACUCUAGAGUCAGUGUUAGCCCGCUCUACAGUCAGUGUCAGCCUGCUCUACACUCAGUGUCAGCCUGCUCUACAGUCAGUGUUAGCCUGCUCUACAGUCAGUGUUAGCCUGCUCUACAGUCAGUGUUAGCCUGCUCUACAGUCAGUGUUAGCCUGCUCUACAGUCAGUGUUAGCCUCAGUGUCAGCCUGCUCUACAGUCAGUGUUAGCCUCAGUGUUAGCCUGCUCUACAGUCAGUGUUAGCCUGCUCUACAGUCAGUGUUAGCCUCAGUGUUAGCCUGCUCUACAGUCAGUGUUAGCCUCAGUGUUAGCCUGCUCUACAGUCAGUGUUAGCCUCAGUGUUAGCCUGCUCUACAGUCAGUGUUAGCCUCAGUGUUAGCCUGCUCUACAGUGAGUGUUAGCCUACUCUAGAGUCAGUGUUAGCCCGCUCUACAGUCAGUGUCAGCCCGCUCUACACUCAGUGUCAGCCUGCUCUACAGUCAGUGUCAGCCUGCUCUACAGUCAGUGUUAGCCUGCUCUACAGUCAGUGUUAGCCUCAGUGUUAGCCUGCUCUACAGUCAGUGUUAGCCUCAGUGUCAGCCUGCUCUACAGUCAGUGUUAGCCUCAGU